UUGGUUUCAGUUCACCUUUUGUUUGUUUCCUCGCGCUCUCUCGCUCGCUCGUCCGCCGAAACUAAUGGCGAUCGUCGCGGGGCUUAUCCGACUCCUCCUCGUCGCCGUACCGAUCCUGCAAGCCGCAGCAGGGAGCGGUAACUCAACGGCGGCGUGCCCGCUGGACCUGGGCUACGUGCGGACGUUCCCGUGGGACCGCGCGCCGUGCGCGCCGCCGGUGGCCAACGUCACUACCUGCUGCACGACGCUCCUCUCCGUGCUGGGUAUCGGCAUCGCCGCGCGCCUCCGCGCCACCGGCCGCUUCCGCCUCCCGUCUGCGACGGCCUCCGCAGCCUGCAUCCGCGCCUUCUCCGACGAGCUCGCCUCGCCGCCGCUCUCGCUCCCGCCAACCCUCGCGCCAACCUGCUUCCCGGUCCCAUCCCAGUUCGCCAUAUCCCCGUCCUUCUGCGCCGGCGUCACCACCGCUUCACAGUAUGUCGCCGCCGUAGGCGACGCGACUGUCGGGAACCUUAACUCCUCCUGCGGCUCCGACCUCGCCGCGAUGUCCCUCUGCUCCAGCUGCCUCGCCGCCGGCAUCCGCGCCUCGGCUCGACUCACCGCCGCGGCCGGAAACAGCUCCGACUCCCUCAAUUGCUUCUACCUCACCGUAAUCUACGCCGCCGGCGUCUCCAACACUGCCGGGCCUGCCUCCCCUGCCACCGCCGCGUGCGCCUUCGGCCUCGCUCUCUCCACUACACACCCCACAUCUUCCUCUACCCCCAGCUCUAGUAACCACACCAAUAUCGCGGUAGCAACAGUUGUCCCGAUCGCUUCCGUCCUCCUCAUCGCGCUCCUCGUAGCGCUACUUGUUUGGACGAAGCGGCAUGACGGCGCCAUCAAGACCGGCCGUGGUUUGUCCGUGGAGCGGCGGCCGUCGCGCCAGCGACCCAACACCGGCUCGGUGCUGUUCGAGAUCGGUGAGCUGGCGAAGGCGACUGGCGGGUUCGCGGAGCGGAACAUCAUCGGCCGCGGCGGGUUCGGCGUCGUGUACCGCGGCGUGCUCGCGGACGGGUCGGUGGUGGCUGUUAAGAAGAUGCUCGACCCGGACGUGGACGGCGGCGACGACGAGUUUGCAAACGAGGUGGAGAUCAUCAGCCACUUCCGUCACCGGAACCUGGUGCCGCUGCGCGGGUGCUGCAUCACCGACGCCGAGGACGCGGACGACCAUGGCAGCAAGCAGAUGCUCCUCGUGUACGACUACAUGCCCAACGGCUCGCUCGAUCGCUACAUCUUCGACGGGGCGGUGAUGGCGUGGGCGCGGCGGCGUAGCGUGAUCAUGGACGUGGCGAGGGGGCUGGAGUACAUGCACUACGGCGUCAAGCCGGGGAUCUACCACCGGGACAUCAAGGCGACCAACAUACUCCUGGACGAGGACAUGCGAGCGCGCCUGGCGGACUUCGGGCUGGCGCGGCGGAGCCGGGAAGGGCAGUCGCACCUGACGACGCGCGUGGCCGGCACGCACGGCUACCUCUCGCCGGAGUACGCGCUGUACGGGCAGCUCACCGAGAAGAGCGACGUGUACAGCUUCGGCGUGGUGGUGCUGGAGGUGAUGAGCGGCCGGCGCGCGCUGGACCUCGCGGACCCGUCCGGGAUGGUGCUGGUCACCGACUGGGCGUGGGCGCUCGUCAGGGCCGGGAGCACCAGGGAGGUGCUCGCCGAAGCGCUGCUGCGCGAGCGCGAGGGGAUGAGCGUGGUGGACAUGGAGAGGUUCGUGCUCGUGGGGAUCCUGUGCGCGCACGUCACGGUGGCGUGCCGCCCCACCAUGCCGGAGGCGCUGAGGAUGCUUGAGGGGGACUUGGACGUGCCGGAGUUGCCGGACCGGCCUCAGCCAUACGGCCAGAGGAUCCCGUUCGACGAAGCUGACGGCAACUUCAGUGCAUCUUCGGUGCUGAGUGGUCCAUUCGUCGAUUUUGGCGACAUGCUCAGGUGAUGGAUCGAUGCAUGCAGCGAUGUUUGGUUUGAAAUUGGAAGCGUAUACUGCAGCAGUUAUACUCUGCAACCGCUGGCUGACUGAAGUUCAGAGUUUGUAUCACUUUUUUCUUGAUGUAAAUUGAGUGUGCACACUGUCUUGUGCUGAGAUGCUGAAUGAACUGAAGUUCACGUCAAAUAAAGCUCUAAGAGACUUUUU